GCUCAGUGAGGAGCAGAUCAGGUCGCAAUCUCACUUGGGUUUUUUGCUUGCUCUAAAACUCGUGCCACUGAGCUCCAUUUGUUUGAUCUCUGUCAUUCUUGGUAAGGGAGGAAAACCGGAACAGGGGAAGAAAGGAAAAAGGAAGAAAGAAAAAAAAGAAAAUGAAGGCGUUGGGGUGGUGGCUGAUGUUAGUUGGUUCACUUCGACUGGCAGCAGUUUGGUUCGGAUUUUUUGACAUAUGGGCUCUCCGACUUGCUGUCUUCUCCAACUCCACAAUGACUGAAGUUCAUGGAAGGACAUUUGGAGUUUGGACACUUCUGACAUGCACUCUUUGCUAUCUUUGUGCAUUUAACCUCGAAAACAAGCCACUCUAUAUAGCUACCUUUCUAUCAUUCAUCUAUGCCUUUGGUCAUUUCUUGAGUGAAUACCUAAUAUAUCAUACAAUGGUCAUUGGCAAUCUGACAACCGUUGGCAUCUUUGCAGGGACCUCAAUUAUAUGGAUGUUGUUGCAGUGGAACGCUCAUCAACCUCAAGCCACCUUGAAGACAGAGUGAAACCUUUGUUGCCUAUUCUUCAAGAUGCAAGAGGAUUUGGAUUUACUCAAUUGCUAUCAUUUCUUUUUUGCUAUUUGAUUUGCAGUUCAUGCUCAAACAAACAAAAGAUGUUUUGGUUUGUUAAUUUAAUUAUGAUGGUUAGUAUGAACAGCAAUGGGCUGUUGGUGAGUCUCUUUUUGGGUAGAAAGCUGUUGGUGAUCUUAUUUUUUCAGGCAAGGACACAAGUCUCCUUAAAGCUUUCAACUUACGGAGACAUAGUUGGUUUAAGUAUCAGCUCGGGAGAGAAAACUCAAGCAUUUAAUACAUAAUCAUGUAACUGGAUGGUUAGAUGUCCAUCCAUUGCAUAACCGGAAAUUUGGCUCCACUUUAGACAAUGAAUUGGUUCUAUCAGAUUCAGAUUCA